UGACGGGAAUGUAUACAGUACUUCGUUCUAUUAGGUUAUGGGCUCACCAGUCUCAACAAGCUUCUACUGGAAGCAAGUCUAUACAAGAAAAAUGUUACCUACUACAAGUCACAAAAACUGGUCAGUUUCAGCAAUUUACAUAAUCUAUGAUUCAUCUGAUCUGGCCUUAUAUCACUUUCCUAUUUUUUUCCACAAGUCUGCCCAAAGGUCACCGCUGGGUCGUGACCAUGGGCCAGAGCGUGAGAAAUUGCCUAUCUCGGUCAACUCGACCGAUCCGUGCCACUAGGAGAGUACUGGCGCCAGUUGAAGACUAGCUACUUGACACACUACUUGUCAAUUAAUCGUUGAAGAUGAUCUGGACUUUUGUGGUGCUGUGCCUGUUUUUGGGGAAUGUCGACCUCCAAGAAACCAGUGACGACAUAGAAACUGUAAAAGAGGAGGAUCUCCAAAAUGUAGAGCUGGAGCCCCUGGACGCGGUGUGCCCUGAGCUCAGCGGACAGAUUAUAGGUGGAAGGGCCAGUUCCAUCACUCGGCAUCCUUAUCAGGUGUCGAUGGUUCUGAAUGGGAACUCCUUUUGCGGAGGGUUCAUCAUCAGCCAAGAUUAUAUUAUGACUGCAGCGCAUUGUGUUAACAACACGGAUCCGUCGGCCAUCCGGCUCCGCGUGGGGUCGACCCGGCGCGACUCCGGCGGGCGCGUGGUGCCGGUCGCCAGCGUCGCCGUGCACCCGCUCUACGGCCGCCCGGCGUUCGACCACGACAUCGCCGUGCUGAGACUGGCGCAGCCGCUAGCUUGGAGCGCGGCCAUCCGACCGAUACGGCUGCCGACAAGGGGGCAGGCUGUACCUUUAGUGAGGCUCACUGUUACUGGGUGGGGUCUUACUGCCCCUCGGGGCCGUCGGAUUCCACGUAUCAUGAUGGAAGCCAACGUCCCAGUGGUCCCGCACUGGCUGUGCCAGCUCUCGUACGGAGGCUCUUUGACCAACAACAUGUUCUGUGGGGGGCACUUCCUUAUCGGAGGGGUGUCUUCCUGUCAGGGUGACUCCGGCGGCCCAGCCGUAUUUCAAAGCGUCGCGUAUGGCGUUGUCUCUUUCGCACGCGGCUGCGCUCUCCCUCUCUCUCCAACUGUGUUCACAAACAUCGCCGCACUCAGAGACUGGGUUACCACUGCCACUGGACUUUAGACUUCAUCCCGUCGUAAUAAGGAUUAUUUUACAACAAACAAAUAGACUUAGCUGAACAUGGUCAUAAGUUCUUCGAUAGGGUAUUUUACUAUGUACAAACAACAACUAUAUAUUUCACUGUGCAACAAUUUAGUGAACUAAUAUUUAUUAUACAACUAUGUAUUAUUUUAUAAAUCUAAGUUCGGCAGAAACGAAGUACUUUACCUAAUAUGCCCCUUUCAUUCGAGUUCGGGAUGUCGUUUAAUCUACAGUCUAUAACUCUAUACAAUGAGAAAAUAUUUCAUAAUGAAUAUUAUAAUUCACUAAAUUGUUAAAUACUGAAGAUUAUAGUUGUUCAAAUCGUGAUUGCUUCAGUUCAGAAGUGUCAUAAUAGAGUAUCUAUUUAUUUAACAUAAACAUAUGCCAUUAUAGUUUAAUUCAUGAAUAUGAAGCCCUAAUCCAAAGAUUAAAGUAGACGAGUAGAAAAAAGUUUUGUUCCAUAAGAUGUCGAUAUCAAUUAGAAUAAAUACUUACUAAAGGGGUCAAUAAGUAGAAGGAUCGAAAAAAGUAAAAUACCCUAUUGCGAAUAUUAGUUAGGGAUCUCGAUGGCACUUUAAAGCUAAAGUGACUCAACUCCAGGUUGUUUUACAUGGAAUUGUAAUCCUAAUUGUUCAGAUCUUAAAAUAGAUAACCGUGUGACUGUGUUAGCGGAUCUCGGUCAUUCACUGCAACGUCUGUGAUACAAUCUUUAAAUACAUUGUGCUGGUUUUUUUUCAGA